AAUCAGCAACCAUAUGGGAUCUUGGUGCGUGCAAGACAAAGCCUUUAGCUGCUAGGCUACCAUGCCUGGUCCUCAAACUAGUAAUGCAAGCAGCUGUCUUGGUCUUCUUUUAGGCCCCGUGACUUGUGGGUUUCCACGUAUUAGUUGCUUCUGUUAGCCAUUGCCAGCCGGCCUUGAGUCAUACUUCUGUGGUCCCUUUCUAACAAGUGGACCUUUGGAGGUGGCUCGUCCUGUCUGCCCUGCAGGUUUACUAGUAUUGAUGUCAAGUAGCACUAUCCGCGGGACCCUGACACCUCUCCUAGAGCCACCAUCAGGACUCAGCUUAUGACUGCCAGCGUCGCUGCCAGCAUUCGGAUCGCACGAGGCGGGCUGCACCUGAACUUGUCUCGUCUUUCCCCAGUAUUCACGGGCCUCCACAGGGCUCUCCGUGGGCGGGAUUCGGCAGCAGUUCUCCUUGCCCGAGAACGUCCAGCUCUCCCUCUUCUCCAUCAACUUUCUUCGCAACAUCAAUGUGCGUGGCAGACUACCUGGCUGUGGUGGAUGCCCCGCCCCUGGACCUCCAGUUCAACCCCUCGGGCUAUCUUCUGCUGGCUUCUGACAAGGGCGCUUCCACCUUAGAAAACAACGUGAAAGUGCAGAGGCAGGAAGGAGCCAAAAUUUGUCUGAUGUCACCUGAGCAGCUUCGGAACAAGUUUCCUUGGAUAAACACAGAGGGAGUGGCUUUGGCAUCAUAUGGGAUGGAAGAUGAAGGUUGGUUUGACCCCUGGUCCCUGCUGCAGGGCCUCCGGCGGAAAGCCCAGUCCAUGGGUGUCCUGUUCUGCCAGGGCGAGGUGACACGUUUUGUCUCUUCCUCCAACCGCAUGGAGACCACAAGUGGGGAAGAGAUGAUCCUGAGAAGGAUCCACGAAGUCCAUGUGAAGAUGGACCACAGCCUGGAGUACCAGCCUGUGGAGUGCGCCAUAGUGAUCAAUGCGGCAGGAGCCUGGUCUGGACAGAUCGCAGAGCUGGCUGGGAUUGGGGAUGGGCCACCCGGCACCCUGCAGGGCACCAAGCUACCUGUGGAACCCAGGAAAAGGUAUGUGUAUUUAUGGCACUGCCCCCAGGGACCAGGCCUGGAGACUCCGCUUGUUGCAGACACCAAUGGAGUCUACUUCCGGCGGGAAGGCCUAGGCCACAACUACCUUGGUGGCCGUAGCCCCUCGGAGGAGGAAGAGCCAGACCCAGGCAACCUGGAAGUGGACCAUGACUUCUUUCAGGACAGAGUAUGGCCCCAUCUGGCUCAGAGGGUACCAACUUUUGAGAAUCUGAAGGUUCGGAGUGCCUGGGCUGGCUACUACGACUACAACACCUUCGACCAGAACGGCGUGGUAGGCCCCCACCCCUUGGUGGUCAACAUGUACUUUGCUACAGGCUUCAGUGGCCAUGGGCUGCAGCAUGCCCCUGCUGUGGGGCGAGCCGUGGCCGAGAUGGUGCUGGAGGGCCACUUCCGGACCAUCGACUUGAGCCCCUUCCUCUUCACCCGCUUUCACCUGGGAGAGAAGGUUCUGGAGCAGAAUAUUUUCUGAGCUCAUAUGGGCAAGGCCAGCACCCUGGUCACAGUCCUCUGAACUGCCCACAUCCUUCCCAGCCCUGGACCAGGGCCUCAGCCUUGCUCCCACUGGACAGGACAUUCUGCCCCUGUAUUGGCUAAGCAGGUGGUUGGGCACAAGCGCUGAAGUCCAGGCCAGCAGUAGCUGAACGUACUGAUCUGUAGCCCCGGCUAGUCCCACUGAUGAAGGCCACCAGGCUGUAAUCCUGAGGAGUCUGCCCAGGCCUGGCUGCUUCAUGGUACUAGGCCAGAAACACUCCCUCUGGCCCUCUUGGCAGGGCUGGGAGGAGCCCAGGCCCAGCAGCAGCUUGGCCCAGACUGACUGACUUGAGUCUUUUUUGGCAUCACUCAAUAAAUGUGAUUAAAUCUU